CUAACAAACUAUCUGUUUAAUAACCUCAAUAUUUUUAUACAUGUCGGAUAACUCUUUUUUAUAUGUCUAAGGAUUUACUAUUCUGUAAAUACUCGAAAUCCUCGACGAUUUUUGACAUUUAGGCACUUCUUAGUAUUCAAAAAUAAAAUGGCUCCACGUAAAGGUAAAGUACAGAAAGAAGAACCAGUUGUCCAAUUGGGGCCACAAGUUCAAGACGGUGAAUUAGUGUAUGGUGUUGCACAUAUUUUUGCCAGUUUCAAUGAUACAUUCGUGCAUGUUACGGAUUUAUCUGGAAGAGAAACUAUUGCAAGAGUAACUGGUGGUAUGAAAGUAAAGGCUGACAGAGAUGAAGCAUCUCCUUAUGCUGCUAUGUUAGCUGCUCAGGAUGUUGCUGAAAAAUGCAAAACAUUAGGUAUUACAGCUUUGCAUAUCAAAUUAAGAGCAACUGGUGGAAACAAGACAAAAACUCCAGGUCCUGGUGCACAAUCUGCAUUGCGUGCUUUGGCUCGCUCUAGUAUGAAAAUUGGCAGAAUUGAAGAUGUUACACCAAUUCCUUCAGAUUCUACACGUAGAAAGGGUGGUCGUAGGGGUAGACGUUUGUAGUUAUCCCAAUUUUAUAUUUUUUUGUAUAACUAUUACACAAAUAAUAAAUUGGGUUUCUCUUUAAU